AUGCAUUCGCGUCGACCCGAGACUUUGAAGAUUGACAUCUCCAAGUAUAGAGGAGUCGAAGAAGACUCCCUCUUGAGAUGGUUCGUCAAAGUAGACGACGCCAUAAGGGCGCGUCGCAUCGAUGAUGGAGAUAUGCAAGUUGCAUUUGCCCAAUCAAAUCUGGCAGGACGUGCCAAGACUUGGGCUUUGGGACUCAAGUUGCACGACCCAUAUGCGUUUGGGUCGUUAGACGUCUUCAAGUCGCGGCUCAGACAAACGUUUGAACCGCCUAGAGCUGAGUUCAGAGCUCGAACCGAACUCUUGAAGCUCAAGCAGGGUAAGCGUGAUGCGCACGCUUACGUACAACAUAUACGACAUCUCACGAAUUCUAUAAGUUUCAAUCCGGUUGAUGAACACACGUUGGUUUCGGUGUUCAUGCAGGGUCUUGCGGAUGGUCCCGUCAAGACUCACCUGUUCCGGCUUGAACUGGAUUCACUAGAACUAGCCAUUUCCAUUGCGGAACAGGAAUACUUCAGUCUGAGACAGACUCGCGCCAGCUCGACAUCAUAUCGUCAACCGAGACGAUAUGACAACGGAGGUCCAGAGCCGAUGGAACUCUGUCAUGUAGAGAGCGAGAAGGCUCGCUCUACAGACUACAAGAAGUUGCAGAAAUGCAACAGAUGUCAAAAGACAGGACACUACGCUUACGAGUGUAGUGCCCCUCGUCCAGUGUCUCGCAACACUGGGCGUAAUGACCGCCCACCCAUGAGAAAGGGGCAGGGACGAGGGUCCGCUGUUGGUGCAAAGACGCAACAACGGGAUGGACCGUCAAAAAACGGACAGGAUCAGUAG